AGUGGGGGGUUCAGGAGCAGGGUGGCCUGACCAUGGCGCUCAACAGGAACCACUCGGAGAGCGGAGUGAUUGUCAACAAUACAGAGAACAUUCUAAUGACCUAUGAUCAUGUGGAGCUCUCCUUCAGUGACAUGGAUCAUAUGACAGAUCCCUUCAAAGGAACCAAGAAAGGCAGCCUCUAUUUAACUCCUUACAGAGUUAUUUUUCUGUCCAAGGGGAGAGAUUCCAUGAAGUCAUUCAUGAUGCCAUUUUACUUAAUGAAGGACUAUGAGAUCAAGCAGCCUGUGUUUGGUGCAAAUUACAUCAGGGGAACAGUGAAGGCAGAAGCAGGAGGUGGUUGGGAAGGAUCAGCUGUUUACAAAUUGACCUUUGCAGCAGGAGGUGCCAUUGAGUUUGGACAGCGAAUGCUACAGGUGGCCUCCCAAGCUUCCAGAGGUGAAGUCCCCAAUGGAGCAUAUGGAUACUCUUACAUGCCCAAUGGAGCUUAUGCUUUUCCCAUGCCAGCUGCGAAUGGAAUGUACCCCAACCCUCCAAGCUAUCCCUAUGCUCCACCUCCACCUGAGUUUUAUCCAGGACCUCCUAUGAUGGAUGGAGCUAUAGGGUAUAUGCAGCCCCCACCACCUCCAUAUCCUGGGCCCAUGGAGCCACCUGUUACAGGUGGCCCUGAUGUACCAUCUACUCCUGCAGCUGAAGCAAAAGCUGCUGAAGCUGCUGCCAGCGCCUACUAUAACCCCGUCAAUCCCCAUAAUGUCUACAUGCCCACGGACCAGCCCCCACCACCUCCGUACUACCCCCCAGAGGACAAGAAGACCCAGUAGAUGCAACUACAGUCUCCUCAUCACUCACCUGGUCCCUUAUUCCCCCAGAGCUGAGUUUGGAUUUGGUGGGGAGGCUUUUGUCAGACUUGGCCUUUCCCUGUAGGCCUGUGUGUAGUUAGCAGUAACAAACAUGGAGAGAAAGGGAGUAGCCUGGGAGAGUUCCAGCUGGCCUAGAGACACUGAUACCUCUCUUCCACCUUCGUCAAUGGGACUUUCCACUGGAGUUGCUAUUUCCAAUUUACUCCUAUUGCAUUAACCCAGCAUCCCAUAAAGGAGGGAUGGUUCCUGUUCAGCUUCUCAGCUUCUCCCCAGAACUCUUAUUUUUUUAUUUUUUCAUUCAUUUUGGACUAUACUUGUGGCUCCUCCCAGCUCAGAUCAGUAGAGUUAUCUAACUUCCAGCCCUGGGAAGUUGGCUUGAACUCAUGGCCCAAAGGUCCCCUUCCAGUUCCUAUCCACAUUCCAACACCACUCUCCAGCUAAGAAGCCUAGUCUGAGUUCCCAGUGUGACCAUAAGAUUGGGCAGUGGCUUGCCUUCAAGAGUCCCAUCUUUUCCAUUCUUCUCCCUUUGGGGUAUCACACCUGUUCAGACUUCCCUGGUUUUUUAUAGCCCUACCACUUUGUUGUGGUUUUUGAUUGUGAGCCUGUGAUACCUAUGGAUUGAGGGUAGAGGGAGGGAGAAGAAAGGAAAGACUGCUCAGCUGGGGAGAAAACAUAUAAAUGAUUGCUUGGCUUUGCUCCCUUGUAUUCCUAACUCAUGCUUUUAAAGGGUCUUGAGGAUCCCUCCUGUGCUUUGUGGGCUGCCUAGGUCCAGAGCUGAAGAUUGCACAACCUUUCCCACCCCCCUUAGGGCUCCUUGAUAGGCGGAAAUCAGAUGUACUUGGGGCCUGGCUUAGUCCUGAGUAAAAAGUAUCUGUUGUCAGUCCCAAUUCAGUUCUCAUCUCAUCUCUUCUCUUCAACUUCAUUCACCUGAUUGGUGACUCUCCCCUGGAUGCACUACCUUUGAUUUCCUCUUACUGGCCAGAGUGUGAGAAGAUCUUUAUUUAAAGAGAACUCCCUAUUUAUUUGAACAAAAAUCCAGUUAAUAUAUUAAUGUGAAAUAAACCCUCUUGCACCUUGAUUUGUUUGCCAAAACUAUGAUGUAGUAAAGAUGAAGUAGCUUGA